AUGGAUGCAUGUCAUUUAUUAUUAGGCAGACCUUGGCAGUAUGAUCAAAGUAUUAUUUAUGAUGGACGACGAAAUACCUAUACCUUGAGCAUCAAGGGAAAGAAGGUGGUAUUAGCACCUCAACGAGAAAGAGUCAUUCAUGGACCAGUGAUUGAAAGGGGCACUAAUCUCCUAUCAAUAUCUCAAUUCCUGGAGGAAGCAGAAGAAGAGGGAGUUGUAUACGCCUUGAUGCCAUGUGAAGAAGGUGACAACGUAGAUGAUGAAGUUUCCAUAGAGUUACAAGAGGUGCUUACGGAGUUUGCUGAUUUGAUGCCAGAGAAUCCACCCCCUGGUUUACCACCCAUGAGAGAUAUACAGCACCACAUUGACCUCAUGCCGGGGUCAAGCUUGCCCAAUCGUCCAGCUUAUCACCUUAGCCCGAAGGAAUCUGAAGAAUUGCAACGCCAAGUGACAGAGUUGCUAGAAAGAGGUUACAUCUGA